AUGUCGUCUCUCGAUGCAGCGAAGCUUUUCUCCGUUGAUGGGCUUGUCGCGGUUGUGACUGGCGGUGGAACAGGCAUUGGGUUGAUGAUCGCUCGAGCUCUUGAACACAACGGUGCCAAAGUCUACAUUCUGGGCCGCCGAGAGGAAGUUCUGAAGACUGCAGCCAAGCAGAAUGCGAUCCAUGGAAACAUCAUACCGCUCGUGGCGGACGUGACUGACAAAUCAUCUCUGGAUGCUGUCGUCUCACAGAUCAGCAAGGAGACGGGGUACAUAAACCUCCUGGUCAACAAUGCUGGGACUCUCGGUCGCAGACACAACGCGAUUUCCCGCCCGCCGCCUUUCGACAACCUCCCGGGCCAGUUUGUCCACAAGAACAACGAAGACGACCUCAGCACUGUCGACGGGAUUCGCGAUUUCCUCUGGAAAGACGAAGUCUCCGACUGGGACAACACGCUCCGGACGAACGUCAGCGGCGUCUGGUUUCCCAGUAUCGCCAUGCUCGGGCUUCUAAACAAGGGCAACGAGAAGCAAAACGUCGUGCAGAAAAGCCAGAUUGUAACGAUUGGCAGCGUCGGGGCGUUCAUCAGGAUCUUGGGCACUUCGUUCACCUACAACCCCAGCAAGGCAGCGGCCAACCACCUUGCGAAGAUGAUGGCUACCAACUUCGUGCAGUGGGGGAUCAGAUCGAACGUCAUUGCGCCAGGUGUUUUCCCAUCCGAGAUGUCCGUCGGGACGGGAAAACUGGACGAAAACAACAGGAACCAUAUUCCCAUGGCUAUUCCCGUCGAAGAGAUUCCUUUGGGCAAGGUUGGGGACGAGGAGGACAUAGCAGCAGCAAUCCUGUUCCUGGCUGGCAAGGGAGGGAAGUACAUGAAUGGGAAUGUUGUAGUCACCGAUGGUGGGCGUCUUGGCAUUGGUCCCGCUGUGUACUAA